AUGCUGCUACCACCUGAUAACUUCGGCCUUGUUGAAGAAGGAAUUUACCGUUGUUCAAAAUUAGAUGCAAUUAAUUUUGCAUUUUUAGAAACUUUACAAUUAAAAUCAAUUGUUUUAUUAGAUAAUGAAUCUCCAGUAAUGAAAAAUUUCCAAAAUUUCAUGACUUUAAAUAAAAUUGAAACUAUAAGAUUUGAAAAUCAAUCAAUAAAUACAGAUAUUAAUGAAAAUAAUCAAGAUUGGAUGGUUUUCAAUGAAGAUGUUAUAAGGAAAGUUUUCAAAGUUAUUUUAAAUAAAAAUAAUUGUAAUUUAUUAAUUGUGGAUAAAACAAAUGUUAUUGUUGGAUUAUUAAGAAAAGCUUGUAAAUGGAUUAUUUCAAGUAUUGUUUCAGAAUAUAGAUUAUAUAGUGGGAAAAAUUCAAAUUAUUUUGCUGAAACUUUUUUAGAAUUAUCAACUCUUAGAUUAAAAUCAAAUAUUUCAUUUGAUUCUCCACCUCCAAUGCUUAGAUCAAGAUCAAGUAGAAAUGGUUCAUUAGAUUAUAAUAUUAUUGAGAGAAGAUUUUCAGAAGAUAUUGGUGCAGAUUUUGAUGAAGAUGAAAAUGAAGAAAAUUUAUUAUCUGCUUCUCCACAAGUUCCAAAAACUUUAUUACGUCAAGCUGAAUUAAGAAAACAAAAAAUCAAAACAGAUUCUAAAAAAGAUGCUAUAAAUGAUAUUGUAUUAUAUGAUGAUUUUAAUUUUUAUUUACCUUUACAAAUUUUUAAAAAUAUAAAUCCAAUUGAAAUUGUUUUACCAAAAGAAUAUGAUUUACCUGAUUGGUUUAAACAUCAAAGAAAUUUAUGGGAAGAAGAAUUUCAAAAUUGA